AUGUUUGACGUCCAAAAGUCCAGGCUUAUCCUGCGGAAACCGGAGGGAGAAAGAAAGAUCGCGGAGUUGUUGAGCUGCAAGAAAGACGACGAGGAAGACGAAGAAGACGACGACGACGACGAAGAAGAACGACGGCGAGGACUUGGACUUGGACCUGGACUUUGGGGCCUGGCCUUUUCUUUCUUUCCUUUCGGCUGUGUAUUAUAUCUUGUUUCUCUAGGAUCAAAAGGCCGUUUGUCUCUCGCUUCUCUCCGUCUAGUCGAUACACUACAAACUACCGCCAACAUGUCGUCGAAGAUCGGGAUGCGUCUCUUCCAGAACUCCAGGGCUGCCUUUCAGAAUGCCACUGCUCGCUUCAGGGCGCAGGCUCUCCGGGCCCGACGAUUCCAGAGCACCGACGCCGGUGCGGCCCAGCAGAGCUUCCUGCAGCGGUCAUGGAACAGCCCCAUUGGCAUCAAGACCGUCCAUUUCUGUCUUGAUGCUAACCAGUGGAUCCCUUUGCAGUGGAUUCUCGUUCUAGCUGGUCUCUCUGACAUGGCCCGGCCUGCCGAGAAGCUCUCCCUGACUCAAAACGCUGCCCUAAUGGCAACCGGAGCAAUCUGGACCAGAUGGUGUCUUAUCAUCAAGCCCAGAAACGUCCUCCUUGCUACCGUCAACUUCUUCGUUGGCUGCGUUGGUUUCACACAAGUUACCCGUAUCUUCCUGUACAGACGGUCCCAGGACGGCUCGGCUAAGGAGGCUGUCAAGGACCUGGCCCACGAAGCCACAGACUCUGCCAAAGCCGCUGUUCACAAGGCAGAGGAAGCUGUGAAAAAGCACUAG